GCCGAACCGCGCCGCUUCUCCGCCGGCUGGCCAUGGAGUACACGCCGCCCCCCAAGCCGCAGCUCUCCUCCCGGGCCAACGCCUUCUCCAUCGCCGCCCUCAUGUCGAGCGGCAGCUCCAAGGACAAGGAGUCCCCCGAGAGCACCAUCAAGCCGCUGGAACAAUUCGUUGAGAAAUCCUCUUGCGCCCAGCCUUUGAGUGACUUAUCCAGCCUGGACCCUCACGGGGAUUUUAGCACCAGCCCUUCGUCCCUCUGCACCGAGCCCCUCAUCCCCACCACCCCCAUCAUCCCCAGCGAGGAGAUGGCCAAAAUCUCCUGCAGCCUGGAGACCAAAGAGCUCUGGGACAAGUUUCACGAGCUGGGCACGGAGAUGAUCAUCACCAAAUCCGGGAGGAGAAUGUUUCCUACGAUCAGGGUUUCCUUCUCGGGAGUGGAUCCUGAAGCCAAGUACAUUGUGUUAAUGGAUAUAGUUCCUGUGGACAAUAAAAGAUAUAGAUAUGCCUACCACAGGUCUUCCUGGUUAGUGGCUGGAAAAGCUGACCCUCCGCUCCCUGCAAGGUUGUACGUGCACCCUGACUCCCCAUUCACGGGAGAGCAACUGCUGAAGCAGAUGGUAUCCUUUGAAAAAGUCAAACUCACCAACAACGAGCUGGAUCAGCACGGCCAUAUCAUUUUGAACUCCAUGCACAAGUACCAGCCAAGGGUCCACAUUAUUAAGAAGAAGGAUCACACGGCUUCUUUGCUAAAUCUGAAAUCAGAAGAGUUCAGGACAUUUAUCUUUCCAGAGACAGUUUUCACAGCUGUUACCGCCUACCAGAAUCAAUUGAUAACCAAGUUGAAAAUUGACAGCAACCCUUUUGCUAAAGGAUUCCGGGACUCCUCCAGACUCACUGAUAUCGAGAGAGAAAGCGUGGAGAGCCUUAUCCAAAAGCAUUCCUAUGCCCGAUCCCCAAUUCGAACCUAUGGAGGAGAAGAUGAUCUCGGAGAUGACAGCCAGGCAACACAAAGUAGAGGGUCAGCUUUUACAACAUCUGAUAACCUCUCCCUCAGUUCCUGGGUAUCCUCCUCAACCAGUUUUCCUGGAUUUCAGCAUCCACAGUCUUUGAGUGCCCUGGGUACCAGCACUGCAUCCAUAGCUACACCCAUUCCUCAUCCAAUCCAAGGAUCUCUGCCUCCAUACAGCCGCCUGGGAAUGCCUCUUACACCCUCAGCUAUAGCCAGCUCCAUGCAAGGUAGUGGCCCCACUUUCCCCUCCUUCCACAUGCCUAGGUACCACCAUUAUUUUCAGCAGGGUCCUUAUGCAGCCAUCCAGGGACUGCGUCACUCCUCCGCAGUGAUGACGCCCUUUGUAUGACUGAUGUAAGACAAGAGAAACAUGAGAUUUUAAACGUGCAAGUUUGGUAUGAAAAAUACAAGGGACCUUCCUGAAAGGCCUGUGGCAGGAGCGCUGAACUCGUAACAAACCAGCUAAGAAAAUGCAUUAUGGAUAUAGAUUCCUCUGUUGAGGGAUCACAAGAAGAGAGCACGCAGCUUGGAGCUGCUCACAGAUCUAUGUGUAACACAGCUGAAAUGGAUCCCAAAGUUCCCAGGAUUUUCGGUGGCGUGCAGCUUGUUCCAAAGGUGCAUUAUACCUAGCGGAAAGAGAUUACGUUUAUGCAGCAGUGUACAAAUUAAUUGUGUAUAGGUCUUUUUUCAUAUGCUAGAAGAAUUCUGAAAAAGGCAAUACUCUUACUCAUCUUCAUCUCUUCUUGUGACUGAUGAGCAUCUAAACAGAAAAAAUGUAUUGCUAUAACUUUAAGCAUGUUUUAGGCUAUCUCAGCACACAUUUGCUGGAAACGGGACAAAGUGGAGAAGGCCACUGUCCUUUUUAAAAGACUGGCUUAUAUUCACCAAAAGCAGUAUUUCUUAGUUGCUACUAUAAUCCAAAAGAGAAAAUUAUUAACAAGUCUUUCUUUCUUUCUUUGUUUCUUUCACAAAACACUUAUCAGUUCCAAAAAAGAACUGUGUUACAAGACUGUAGCAGUAAUGAUGUAUUCUGUCCUUUUUAAGUCUAAAAAGAAGUUUGUCUUAUGUCCUAGGAGGAGCAAUUUAACUGUCUAUUAAGGUAUGGUGAAGGAAAAUGUUGAUUUGGGAAAAUCUGUUACUUAAACUUAGAAACCCAAGAUACCAAAUCUUUAAGUCAAUGCUCGUUUGCUGCUGCACUUGCCACUGAAGUCCUGUUUCUAGCUGCAAAUAUGUACCAAGUUAACCGAAUUUCGGGCUAGAUCAGUCUAUAGACUCUCUAGAUCAAACUAUAAUCAAUGGACUGGUAUCAGAUGAGUGGCAUUGCAGUGUCCUUCUACUUGUUCUGAUUUUCUUGGGUUUGGUCAUGGCUGUUAUUAUACAAACUGUUUGGCCAGGAAAAUGAGGGUUGUACUGUCUGGUUUUCCAUGACGCAGUAGAAUGGUGGAGUUUCCUUGGGAAAAUAUCAGUGCAGAACUUCACAUGUAAUUUUUUUUAAUUCAUAUCUGCCUUUUUUCAGUUAGUAAUUAGGGUUCUCACUCAAAGUACUGUCCACUUUUUCUAGUGUGUUAUGUCUGAUGCAACAGAGGAACUGUAGAGGUAGAAGAAAAAAUGACCUCCUGCAGAGAACUAGCAUGAAUUCUUGGCACUGCUGAAAAGAGUAACAAUGCGAUGCUGGUUUUCUGUGUGGCGGGAGCUGGGAUUUCACUGUAAAUAAGAAGUCAACACAGAGUUUCUGUGUUGUUAUAGAUGUUACAGAUCCAAGUUAUAGAUGAUAACACAUCUACUGAUAAAAAAAGAACUAGCAAUCUAAUCUCAUAUAUUAAAGAUCUCUGUAGAGCAAGAACACAGAAUGGAAAACAGACAUUUUUGGCACCAUUCUCCUCUACUUUUGACCAGUGUGUGUUGGCAUAACACAGUAGGAAGCAGAGCGCAGUACACCGAGUCACCUACCUCCCAUCUCUGUGAAGUGCAUGGCAAGUCACACACCUUUUUUUUGUCCCAUUGCCUCAUCUUAUAUGCCCAAUCACACAGAGCAAUGAUGAUCUCCCAGACUUCUUCCAGUUUCUACUAUAGGCUAGUACUUGCACCCCACAGAUAAGGGCCAUCUUUAUCUAUUUCCCAGUAGCUGAAUUUAAAAUCUUGUCAAAUUGGCCGUUCCAAUCACCUCAGCUAUCUGCAGUAUCAUCCUAAUUUCCCCUUACUCGCUGUUGGACCUGCUGAUAAAAAAACGACCUGAGGCAAUUUGCAACUUUUGUGCUCUGUGUGUGAAAGAAAAUGAACUUUUAUUUACAGUUUCUGGGUUCAGAGCUACUACAAGGAGUUCCAUAAAUGAAUAUAAUAGGCCAAGCUCUGCAGUAUUUAAAUGGCUUAGAAUCAGACACUGAAUUUGGCUUGGUGUAUCCAUAUAUUAGAUUUUGCUCCAGGCUAUCAGAUUCACCUGAAAAGUGCAUGUUGCAAGGCUGUGACUAUUCAUGAUCCGUUUUGAUAUAAACCCCCUAUUUUCCAGGAAAUUAGAUGAUACUGGCCCCACAACAACAAAACUCUUCAAGUACAUAUAUAAUUCCACAGAAACGAGAAUUUCAGGGGAGAUUUGGAAGAAAAUUUUAAUCCCCCUCCUUUGGUUGCUUGACUUCUGUAAGAGUUGUAUGAAGGUCCUAUGAUGACAUGCACUAAAGCCUGUGGGGAAAUUCUAUUUCUUUUAUCUGUUUCCUUCUGCAGCUCCAUUAACUUAUCUGGAGUUGCAGGGGAUAUGGUUAGGUUCAGAAUUCAAGCCAGUAGCUUUAAUGCUGAUACUUCCAUCAGGAAAUGGUCAAGUAAGUAGGCAGCUUUCACAUGACUCCAGAAAUAAGCUUGGAACAGCUAGACUGAUUUAGGCAUGCUUUACAAGUCACAUAAUGCCUGCUCAUACAUUGACCUGUCCUUCCUUUGUGAAGCAAAUUCAGAGAAAUAAACUGUACGGUCUCUUUAGCCCUGUCCUAGUCCCUGUUCUGAAAACACCAAUAUUUGGCAUGCAGAAAUGCCCCUCGUACUGUUUCAGAGAAAAUUCUCCAGGCUCUUCCUGGAGAAUGAGACUCGGUUUUGACAACAUCAUUUACAAAAAUACAAGCGCUUUUCACUAUGAAUAAAAUGUGAUUAAUAUCUGAAAAAUUAUGGCAGUAGACUGUCCAUAUAUAAAAACAUGAUAAGGCCAAUUCCUCAUCCAGAUUCUCUGUGAUGAGUUUCAUAUUGUAGAUGAUGCAGAACUAUUGCUUGAUUUUUUCCAGUCAGAUCAAGUCUCUCAGUGUGCUCAUCCCUCCCUGCACUGCUCUCUGGCAUAUGCUGCUCUUGGAUGGUUUAAUUCCUUUGCAUCAGAAACCCACUGGGUUCCCCACUGAUGCAGAAUCACGGGCAGAUCCCAAGCAAGGGAACGAAGGCAGCUUGUGAGCACCUUCCCCAGGAACAAGGUCAAUAGGUAUGUCCAGUUCUCACCUCCUCUUCUUUGCCCUCACAAUUCUACCUCCAAAACCUGUUGUGUAGAGUUGAGGUGGAAGGGAUUAAGUUCACAGAGACCACAGGACGCCCAAUGAAGAGGUCUUGCCACCUCGCAAGGUUUCUUCUCCCUGUCCCUCUCACUGUCCUGGGGGCAGCAUAAGGGUGGUUCCAGGGACAAAAUUCCUGUCCCACUGAAGUCAGCUGCAAAUUUCUCGACUGUAAUGGAGAUAGAUAGGAUUUCAUUCAACAUUCUUAGCUAAAAAUAAAGUCUAACUGUAAGAACAGUGACUGUAGUGACAGCAACAAUAUAGGAACUCUACAGAAAAGACUAAAAACCAACUACAAAUCAGCUUUAGCAUUGAUUUCACAAUUGGAAGAAAAUGAAUGUAAAUUCGUAAUUAAUUGGUUAAAGGGUGAAAUUGCUUUUCCUAAAAAAAAAAAACCUUAUCUGUACUACUUUGACAAUAAUUCAGUAAUUUAUUUAAGGAGUUGCUGUACUGCUGUCAAAAUUAUAUCACUUUCAGGACAGAACAUCUGUUGCUGGUAGAUGGUCUAGGAAUGCCAAAUAUAAUCUAGAGUUUAUUUUCCAAUAUAAUUCACAUUUCAUAUCCCACGAGAAGUGCUCUUCACCUUUAUGAGCUCUCUUGGCUGAGUACACCGGUGCUGGUUUAUGUUGUGUGUUUUGGUUUUUUUUAAAGGGUGGAGAGCACAUGCCUGAAUAUGCUUUUCAAAGAGAAUGAUAAGAUUAUCCUCCAAAGUGUUACAAGUACUUUUGGGUGUUUUCUGGAUUACCCUUUUAUCCAUAGAUAGUCAAGAGCCUCAGGUCUUUAAUCCAACAAAAGCAUCCCAAAGACUAACAAAACUGACUUAGAUGCAUUUGUCUGAUUUUUUUUUUUUUCUUCUACUUUUGGAGCCCUGAGAGAAGUUAGACAUAAAAAACAUUUUAAAUUUGGCUGCUUGGUUUGCAGUAUUGCUUUAUAUGGCCUCAGGCACUGUCAAAGUACCUGGUUUCAGGGCUAGUCUUCUAGGUCUAAACUGACAAACAAGCACAGACCAAGUGGAUAAAGGUGCAGAGUUUCUAAUGGAAACAUUUCUUCACGAGUUCAAAGAUGGUAUGUUGUAUGAUAGCUAACAUACUUGGUAGUACGGUCUACGAAAUGCAAUAGCAAAUUUUCUCCCAGAAGGCUUUAUCCAUGGGAGCCGGGACACUGCAUGAGCGUGUACAUGGAAGAUGUUGCAGCUUCCAAUAUCCAGCAAACAAACACUAACCAGCAUUUGAAAAUGAACCUCUUUUAAACUGAAAACAUUUUGGCUGGCAACUUGAUUAUGCACUACACCCUCCUUAUGUAUGCGUACUAUAGGGAAACAGAAACGUCAAUGAAAAUUAUUGCAAAAACUUGGGGAGCUUUCCAAAACUGUAAGUUAAUAUAAAUUGUGGUAAUUUACCCCUAGAUAAGAGGUAAAAGCAACAGUGAGAUCAGUGUAACACUUAGGGCUCCUUAUCUGGAAGGAAAUUGUGGUCACAGCGCUUAUACUCAUCAUCUGCAGAGGGAUGACAUUCACUCUCUGCAAGAUUAUUUUUUGUUUUGGUGAGAUCUUAUGCUCGCUGUUCCUUACAAAGCGUUUUCUGCUGCAGGAGAGGUGGUUUCUUUACUAAUGACUUACCUGAUGGCCAGAGGAUUUAUGUAUUACUCUGUGAUAAACUGUCCUUGCAUAUAGUCUCUACUUUAUCAAAUGACAACUUCUUUUUCUUUAUUUUAUCUUUUUAAAAGAAAACUAAGCAGUGAUUUAAGUAAACUCUGAAGUAACUUUAUAUGAUAGUUUAAGGACAAAAAAUACAGUUUGCUGUAUUUUACCUUUAGCACAUUUAAACAAUCUUUUAUUAGUUUUUUUUAUUGUACCUUCAGAAACAUGAGGAAAGAUUUGGUUUAAAAAAAAGGAAGGUAAAAAACUGGAUGUAACCUCUUUAACAGAAUGUACCACAGUUCUGCUGUUUGCUGUGUUGACUUUGUUGUUUAUAAUGCAUUGCGUGAGCACAUUCACCAUGUACUGAAGUGUGUGUUUGUGUGUAUGGGGUGGGGGUAGGGGGAAAUCUUUUUAUGGAAAAAGAAGUUAUGAACAUAAACUAUGAAGCAACAUCUAAUGAAAAGUUUCUUUUUAAGUGCAAUAUAUUUAUUUCUGCUAGAAAUAUAAUAUCAACAUUAUGUAAUAUUUGAAGCAUUAAAUGUUAUUUGUAAACAGCUUAAAAUUAUAUAUAUAUAUCACAAAAACUGUACAGAAGUGCAAAUGUGUGGAUAUUCAGUUUCUUUCAUUAAAAUAUUGGGUGUUUUGAUAUAUCAUUCUUAUUUAGCCAAAGCUUUCUGCUUCUGUUGUUUUUCCUCUAACCAAGUCACUGACUGCUGUGGAACCAGUGGCAGAUUUUUCUGAGUGCACAAAUUCGUUAGGGCUUUUCAUCUGCAAAAGGUGGUCUAAAUCUUGGAUCCAUACGGAGUGAUAGUUGUACUGUAGUUAAAUACAAUUGUAGUCUGCACAUAGUUAUACAAAUUAUUUUUUUCAAAGUGCUUUGCAGUCAUACUCAGAAAAUUACUGGGUUUGCCACCGGUGCCCAAAUAAGUGGCUGAAAUAUGGGGUUCCCCAGAUCCCCAAGAUAAUAAACAGAGACCUAGGAAACAUAGUCCAAGAAGAAAGUGGAAAGGAAUUAGGUCUGUUUAGUCUGGAGAAGUAAAGAUUAUGGGAAGAUACAAUAAAGUUUUCAAAUAUAUGAAGAAUGUAAAGAAGCAAGGAAUAGAUUUCUCUCCAUGUCUGCUGUGGGCUUUUACUUAAUAGGAUUAUAUUUCUAUUUUAAUAGCAUAUAUUAAAGGAAGGGAGAGUUACCUGACACAUCUAAGAUAUUCAAAGAAGAAAGAUCAUAAGCACAGCACUAGAUUGCCUAGAGAAGAUAAGGAGCAACAUAUAUCACUGGAAGUCUUUAAGAACAGGUUGAACAUGCAUUAGUCAAGAAUGAUGUGAUUAGAGCUAAUCUUGUCUUGGGACAACCAAAUGAUCUCCUGAGGUUCUGCCCAGCUUUCUAUGAGAGCCAUGCCUUAAAGCAGCUUCUGACAAAAUCCUCAUGUUGCUCCGCAAGUUUUUGUUACACACCUGUAGUUCGGCUUGUCCUCAAAUUGAGAUCAGCUGCUGGCUCUUUUGCAGGUAGUUCUCAAGAGUCACAGGUUUAGGAAGACACUCAAUGUGAUAGAAGGUCCUAUUGAACAGCAGUAGUAUUGCCUUAAUUUGGUUUUGCCUGUGAAUGUAAGCAGGGAGAGAACAGCCUGAGGUAAUUCAAAUCCACUUUUAACUAUGCUGAGGUGCAACUAUGCAUUAAUGUAUCUCUUUUACAUUCGGAAUAUGUGAAAAUGAGGACAGCUCACCGAGUUGGUAACUGUAUACGAUGCCUUUUCUCUCUUUAUUAUAUUUUUAUGUUGUCUUGGUAGCCAAAACCAUAUCUUCUCUCACGGAUAUUCAGUGCUGUGAAAGUCUUUUGCUUAACUUCAGGCUAGGGGGCUUUCUCGAUUACAUGUAAAACUAAGUGUAUGCAUUGGCACUUUCCUGAUUUAGAAAUAUUGGCUGUAUGCUGAUUCAAGAUGUAGUUACGCUAAUGGUCUCACUGAAAUCAGUAGGCUCGGCUCACUUAAGUUAAAUUAGUGCUUAAGUAUUUCGGUGGCUCUGCAACUGUAAAACUCCUUGUGCUUUGUAGAAUCAAGACCUUUGGGAGCAAGCUGUCUGUGCAACAAACACCUGUGUAAUUGGAGCCUUUAUUUGCUAUUGUCCAAAGUGAAACCAGGAGAUUAAAUAAAGUGACGAUUCUGAGCUGCCUCCCAGUAGGGUUACUCUGAAGAAAGUGAUGAGUAGUCAUGAUGACUAUAGGCUGCCUUGUGUUUCACAUUUAGAAGACAGAUUUAUAUCCAAAUGAUGGAGAUAAGCAGUGCAGAAAACAAAUGAU